AUAUAUAUAGAGAGAGAGAGAGAGAAAGAGAAAGACAGAAAGAGAGAAUCGAGCAAAAGCGAUCGUCGUGUGGGUAAAUGUCGAGUGAAAACUUGUUAAAACACGCCAGAAAUUCACCAAGAUUUUAAACAUCAACCUUAGCGUGAUUGAAUGUUAGACAAUAGAAUCUGGUUGAAGAUUUGAUUAAAUCUCAGUUGUGUGAAUAUUCUCAGCAGUGCGCUAGCGUACGCAUUCUAAUAAAGAGAUAAAUCAUGAUCUAUUCACACGCACUGUAUCGGUACAUGCAGGCACACACAUGCAUGCGCUUGUUAUCCUUAACCCACUAGUAGCAUCUACAGCGCAUACAGCAGCGCAACAACUAAGAUUCAGUUGCAUUCGAACCGUCGACUGGAACAGAAUGUUUGCAAUCGUACUGUUUCUCAUCGCCGCGUGUGUCUGCUAUUACUACACCUGUGUCGUGCGCACUCGGUAUGCACAGGACGUGCCCUGUGCUCAGCCUUGCUAUCCACUGAUAGGGAACGGCCUAUCGUUCCUAGAAAAGUCACCGGUCAAACUGUUCCAGAAUGUGGUGCAACCGUUUAACCAGUUCGAUCGGUGGUUCAAAGUUUGGCUCGGACCACAGCUGAUGCUGUGCACCUCGCAUCCAGUGCUGGCCGAGUCGGUGUUGAGCCAUCCAAAGUGCUUGGAUAAGCCAUUUUUCUACAGCUUUGUGCAGCUCGAGCAGGGAAUUUUGACUCGCAAAUGUAUGUAUCAAAACUGGAAGCGGUACCGAAAAGUGAUGAGCCCUGCCUUCAGCACGAGCAAAGUGACCAACGCGCUACCGUUGUUCGUAAUGUGUGCGGACAAUUUGAUGUCCAAGCUAGAGGCAAUGGUGGCGAAUGAUUCAACAGUUUCGCUGGCACCAGUUUUGAGCGAGUGUUUGCUUAAUGUGAUAUUUUCCACUACCCUGGGAGCAAAUGUAGUAGAAGAGAGGGAGGCGAAGCAUAUUUUAAACAAUCUAGACAUAUUAUUUCAGAUGAUAUCUGCUCGAGCGAUAAAUGCACUGCACCACAUCGACUGGGUCUACAAGCAUACAAACAAUUGCAAAAUAGAAUCCGCUUCCAGGGCGGCGUGUUAUAGCGUAGUAGAUAAGGUUCUUGCGUCCCGGAGAAGCGCCUUAGAAAAUGAGUUCUACGAAGCGAACGAUUCGCCAGCCAUGUUGGAUCGAUUGCUUUCGGUGAAUGAGGACGGUCCACUGUCGGAUACAGAAAUCGUACAAAACAUCUACUCAAUCGUCGGUGCUGGUAACGAUACGACGGCACACUCGCUCGGUCACACGUGCCUAUUCCUUGCGAUGCAUCCUGCAGUACAAAGAAAGCUGUACCAAGAGCUGCGCGAUGUGUUUUACAGUGCCGAUGAGCACAUUACCGAGGAAAAGCUGAAACAACUAAGCUACAUGGAGUGUGUGAUCAAGGAAAGCUUACGACUAGCUCCUCCGGGCGCAACGGUGGCACGCGAAGCCCAAGAAGACCUAACAGUCGAGGGACAGUUGAUUCCGCGCGGUACAACGGUAGUUGUGAGCUUAUUUGCACUGCAUCGUAGAAAGGAUUUCUGGGGUGCCGAUGCGGAGAGGUUCGAUCCCGAUCGAUUUCUGCCCGAACGGUGCAAGAAUAGAAUGGGUUGUGCCUUUAUGCCGUUCAACACAGGGAGUCGCAAUUGCAUUGGCUCACGGUACGCCAUGCAGAUUAUGAAGAUUAUUUUGUGCAAGAUCGUUCGGAGGUAUGAGCUCCACACCGAGCUAACUAUGGAGCGGAUGCAGUUUCGGUUCGAUAUAGCUCUAAAGCAGGAGCAGGGAUACUUAAUACGGUUCGAGCGUAGAGUUGAAAGUGAUUAAAGGAAUUAUAAAUAUGUUCCAUCAGUUAUUCCUUACAACUCUAUUUGGCCUUCUUCGUUACACUUUCGAUAGCGCUGGUUGACCUCGGACACGUCCAACAUCAUCUCUCUCGCCCGAUAGUAAACGCACGAUUCCAUUUUAAGCUCGUUAAAGUACAUUGAAAGCUCAACAUGGAAGUAAAUCUCAUCCAUCUUCGAGUCAACGUACUCCUGCAUUGCUUCCAGAAUCGGUUUGGACUGAAAAGAGUUCAAAUUGGUGGAAAAAAUUGUUCAGUUCUGGUGAUUUGGUUCAGCGACUAUACAUGCAUGCUCACCAUUUCAUAGCAGCUUGCCAUCUCAUCAUAAACCUUCGCAUCGUAACCGACGCGCAAGGUGCUCUGGUGGCACUCCAAAAUCUCUUCCAAAGUGAGCUGAAUGUCCCUGUCCGCUAAGCUGAGCAAUUGUUUCGCCAUUUCAAACGGGCGCUCGGUGUCGUUGCCAACGUGGAAGCACUGCAGAAUUCGAUCCAAUCCAAUCCACAAUUUCUCCACAGCCUUUUUGUUGUUGUACUCCGCCAAGCAUUUGAGUGAGCUUUCUUGCCUCAGAAACGCUUCGAUGGGAGCUUCCAUUAGCGUUUGCGGUAUGGCGGACACUUCUUCCGCUACGAUGUUAAUCAAGUUCGUCGUUUCAUUGAACCAAUCGUCCAGCUGUUCAGUUAGAUCUUCCGCUAAAAUAUCGGUUUCGUUCGUCAAAAACGUCAUAAAGCUCUCAACAAUCACAAACAUAUCGUUAUUCCCCUCGGUGGGAAGAAUCAUGUCACUGAUAGCGUGUUGCCUAUCGAGCAAGUUGACUGUCGCACUUGCAAUUGAACUACGGAUUGUUGCAUUUACCUGUUCCAUUUGAUCGAACAGCGCAGUCAGGUGUAAUGGGGCUGAGAACGUUCCCAUAAUGUUAUCCAGCUCGUCCAACACAACCUGCAUGCUGCGUUUCGUCUCAUCCAACCGGGAUCGGUAAUGGGUGGCCGCCUGUUCUACCGCCUCUAACGAUGACUCUAUCUGGCCAAAGUCCUCUAAGGUUAUUUGCUGACAGAGCUGUUCCACCAGCAGCAGUAGCGAUCGGGUAACGUCGCGAAACAAUACAUUCUCACUGUAGAGCGACGGAAGAUGGAACACUUUUUCACAGUCUUGAAUGGUGUUCUCCAGCGUAUGAUCGAUCAGUGCCAGCACCCUCAAAAUCGCAGUAAUACUUUCCUGAUUUUGACGUUCGAAUUCGUGAAACGUUCUUCGGAGACGACUAAUCGCACUUCCAUCGGAGGAUGAUUCGGCGUGCAACGGACCCGUAAGCAGUGCGUUACGUUCCAGUGUCUGUAGCUCGCUGGAGAGCACUUGCUGCAGUGCGAUGACCUUGGGAGAUAUGGUACCGUAUGCCUGUAGCUAAAAUUGGAAGGAAUUAUGGCACCCUUUUCAUUGAAGAAUUGUAGAAUUACGACUUGACCACUUACACUUCCAUGUAGCAGCAGCCCUAGCAAUACGGAGAAUGCUUUGUGGUGAUCCAUUGCGGUUGGUGCUCUGCUCAACCGUAAAGUGGGCCGGUUUGUCACCAGUGAAUCAAGUUUUGAUAGAACGGUAGUAACUUCCGGAAACGAUUGCUGCAUCGACAUCAUGCAAUUAGGGGUGGUUGAUAAUAUGUUAGGAGCGCGUUGCUAGAAAUUACUUGCACAUUUCGAAACGAAAGUGUAACGGUGAGUGGUGCAAACGUGAGCUAUUGCGGUUUGGGAUGUAUUUAAUGCGAAGCUCAUCAUGAGCAAUUGUCAUUCUUCAGUGAGUGUUUCUGGUGGAGCAUCAGUGAGGUUUGUAUGUAUCUACAAUGUUUGCUUUAUUUCAAAAUUUCCGUAUAAAAUCGAUACGAAAUAUUGCGAAUGGAUAAGUUCUCUUAGGUAAACACAACAUCUGCUGUACACAAGUUUGGAAUAGAAGGUGAAUCUUGUACCAGACACCUUGUUGUCAUGGUUGGAUUGUUUUUAAACGCUGCUUAGUAACCGUCGAGUGAAUUGUGUAAAAGCACACCAUCUCCAUUAUGCUAUCGCGUUCAAACACUUCAGUAAAAGUUGCAUACAUGUGUGUGAUCGUUGUAGCUAAUAUUGAUACAACGCUCGUUGGCCAGAGUUUAACCUAUUUGACUUGCAAAUGAGCAUGUCUAAUUCGAUAGCGGGGCGGAGUUUACCAACAAUUAGCUAAAUCCAAUAAGCGAGAGAAGCUUCAAAUCAUACAAUUGCAGUGUAAAAGUAAAAGUGAACGUGGCAAUGUAACAAAAUUGUUUGGUUAUGAUUUUAUAAUGUAUGUUUAAAAUAUAUUUUUAUUGAUGCUGUAUAAACAUA